UGUCCGUGGGAGCGAACAAGCGCGAGAUAGAGACACACAGAGAGAGAAAGAGCGUUGGGUGCCUUACAGCCAAAGAAAACUAAUUCACUUCGGUCAGUUGAAAUCGGCACCCCAUUUGUUAAAGUCAUGUCAUCGCUAAGAAACGUUGAAUUUAGUAUCUGGUCGAUUGUGUUGACGUGUGCGACGGCCUUUUUUUGCGGUACAUUUUUUCAACGUAAUGGAAUUUCUACAAUAUCAGCACAUUGCACGUACGGCGGUGCCAAUAUGCAUGUCAGUUUUCAUCGAAACUUUAAUCAAACGUAUUCAUUGGCUGCCGAACAAACUGUAACGGCAUUCCUGCGAAAAGGCCAAAAUGCAAGAUUUUCUGUGCAUUUGGACCAGACAUCGCCGCUUAUCAUUGCCAUUCAUAUUGAUCAAGUGGGCGUGAUUGUUCCACAAUUGUUUUAUAACGAAUCGGUGAAUUUAUCAAAAUAUUUCCUCGCUAAUGCAUCCAUUUAUAACAUUCCAUGUGCACCGAGUGGUCGCUACGAUGUUUUAGUAGCAUCAAAAGGAAGUGUUCAAAUCAAUGUUAACAUUUCACAACAAAAACCGUUUUUAGCUCAGAAAUUGCUACAAUACGUUCAAACCUCACGGAUUCGACAUGAAAAUCAUAUUCACAAGCGACAGACCAUUUUUAAGUGGGAUAAAAGCAAACUUGACAUCCAUGCCGUGCAGUACUGUUUAGCGAUAAAUGGCCAAAGUAAUCAGCGAACAUUUUGCGAUGCAAUGGAUCAUGUGAUUGGAAGAUCGCCAAAUACAUUCUGUUCACGGUUAAAAGGAACGCUUAACAAUUACUUUUUUCGGCCGGUCGAUCGAAUUUCGAACAUCGUAGAUUCAAAACGAGACAGUGCUCUAGCCUGUACUGGACUACGCAAUAAACACACUCUCGCUGGUUUGAAUCCGAAUAAAAAAUAUUUUGUCGAUGUAUUUGGCAUACAUAAAAUGGUUCCUGGAUUAAUAUUCAAAUUGGCUUCGACAUCAUUCGUUUUUAAUUGUACCAAUCCAAUUGAAUUGCAUGAGGAUCACACCGAAAUUGGCCGAAUAACGGAAUUUGAUAAACGAUCUUCAUUUGUUUUUAAGCCAAAUUAUACGUCGAACGUAAAGAGGGUCAUGUUUUUAAUCCUUCCGUGUGGACAUCCCAUGAAAGUGAAGAUAAUGUCACUUAAAAAGGUGAAAAAGGUUGUGGACAUCAACUCAGCAACGAUGCUAAAAUUCAAUAAUUUUAAGGAGAGCGAACGAUUUGUGGUCAAAUUUUCACCAACAAACACCGACGAAAGUCUUCAUCGAAAAAAUCUGGAUCAUUUUGUAGGAAACUUCAAAAUUGUGGCAACAACAAAAUCAAAAUUCGUCAAUUAUCCAAUGUUGCCGGCGGAUAUGCGUGUUCAAGAAGUGACAUCGUUGAGUACAUGUAGUGAGUCGACGAUUGAAUGGCAUUCAUCACCAGACCCUCGACCAAUUACCUAUUGCAUUGCGGCAAUCAAAAUCCGAGCAAAGAGUUUCAACGACUUUAUCACCAGCAUUGACACGUGCGAUAUGGAAAAAUACCAAAAAAAGUUUCUGCCAAACAAAAAGUACGAUUGUAUCACCAGUUCUCAUGAUGAUAGCUCCGCAAAAAGUAUGGAACGUUUUAAACUUAAGUAUCUGGAACAAAAUCAUGGAUAUGUAAUUCAUGUGACAUUGAAGGUGAACAAAGAGGUUAUCUCUUAUCAAACGUUGAAGCUGUUUAAAAGUCAUCAUUGCUUUAAACAAAUUCUAAAUAAUACAAUUCAGUUACCCACUUUUCCAAAUGCAACCAGUCAACACAUCGAAGACAAUAACAUUUUUGUGUCAUAAAUUUAUGACCAACAUUAAUUGCACACAUUUAUCAUCUAACAUAUAAUUUAUAUUGUACGAAUAGUUUUACGUCACUUUUGUACUUAAGAUUAAACUUAAAGAAUUGCCGACAAUGAACAGCUUUCUACUUAAAUUAUAUACGAUUACAAGCAUUCAAUAUGGAAUUUUUCAAUUAAACUAGUCUAUAGUACUACUAGAGAAACCAUUCAUGAUUUAUUCCACUAACAGUGAUUCUCAUAAAGAGAUGAAAGCGAUUUUUAAGUUUCUUUGAUACUUUUAUGACAAUAGCUUCAGGUGUAGGUUUUCUAUUUACCUUUAUAUCUAUGAAUAAAACUAGGGAGCAUACUGCAUGAUAAGAAAUCGUUCAACGAAAUUGUAUCUCAUCAACCUUAACUGCCAAUUAAAUAUAGAAACAUAGCCAUUUUUUGUAACUUUUUG